AUGACACAAGAGAAGUCUCAUCCUUCCCAAAGACUUCCUAGUCAAAAUGAAUUAGUGUCAAUUAAAGCUAGUGCCCCGAUACUCUUCAAGAUUCCUAGUGGGGUUCCUCACUUUCUCAAGUGUCUAUUAACUACCGUGAAGUAUGUGGAGCCAAGUUUCAUGAUCAAAAUUCUGAUGGAUUUUGAGAUAUUCGGCCAUGAGAAUGAUUUAUAUAUCUCACAAGAAGAUAUAGUCCAUGUUGGCUUAAUGGAAGAGAUUGGAGCAUCAUGUGUAUCGUUAUAUAUCAGGAUUUUAUACUUCCAAUUAGUGAAAAGAGAGAUCAGUCACUUUUUUCGUUUUGUUGAGCCAAUUUGGUUAUCAAAUGUUGGAUCCACUGAAGAAGAACAAGUUGAAUGGGUAUCAAAGCGUAUGAUUGAUUCAAAUCCGGGUCAGAUGUGGUUGUUGCCAUAUCAUAAGGGAAAGCAUUGGAUGCUUAUAAUAAUUGAUUUUGAUCACCAAUUGUGCUAUUUCCUGGAUUUUCUUCACAAUUUUCCACCAGAUGAAAUCAAAUCUCUCAUUUCUCGGUAA